AUGUACAGAAGAGCUUCAGCCAGCGAUGACGGCAGCCCUCGAGACUCACAUGAGCUACCAAGAUUCUCUUUCGAAGGCGAUGAUGGUAUUGAUAGGCCACUUUUUAGCACUGAGCGUAUCUUCAACCAGUGGUCUAGGGGUGAGGAGACAGCAUAUAAACCCACCUUCAACGCAAUAGAGAGCGCAGUGAAACUGGAGCAAGAUAUUAUCAUCACUUGGGAUGGACCUAACGACCCCGCGAAUCCGCUCAACUGGUCACAGUCGCGAAAAUGGGUCGUCACCAUGCUUGUAUCGAUGUUCACCUUCAUCAGCCCAUUCUCGUCGACGAUGAUCGUACCUGUGCUACCAACUAUUGGUAAUGAUUUCGACAUCCCAGAGGGCUUCAUGCGACAGCUGAUUAUGACUAUCUUCCUUCUCGGCUAUGCUCAAGGUCCCUUCGUGCUUGCACCGUUGAGUGAGAUCUAUGGAAGGGUUACUGUUUUACAGUACGCCAAUUUGAUCUACCUCAUCUUUAACACCGCAUGUGGGUUUGCUCAGACGAAGAACCAAAUGCUUGCUUUCCGCUUCCUAGCUGGCAUCGGUGGAGCAGCACCACAAGCAUUGUGCAAUGGAGUCCUUGCCGACACCUGGCGCAAAGAAGAACGCGGCAAAGGCCAAGCCAUCUACGGCAUGCUUACUUGGAUCAGUCCUUGCGUAGCUCCCAUCUGUGGUGCUUAUAUAUCACAAAGUGUCAGCUGGCGAUGGAUCUUCUGGGCAACCUCGAUCUUCACCGUGUUUGUCCAAGUUACCGCGCUUUUCUUCCUCCGCGAGACGUUCGCGCCUGCUAUCCUGACAAAGAAGGCAAAACAUGUCAGGAAAGCUAUGAAGGGUAUCCGGCAGGAUGUCGUUGUGCGCACAGAGUAUGAGACCGGUGACCGGUUCAGUAAGAUCCUGCGCAAGCGACUGAUCCUGCCUUUUAUCAUGCUGUUCACGCACCCGGCGACCCAGGCGCCCUCGGUUUACCGCGCAUACCUGUACGGCGUCAUGUAUCUCAUGCUAUCCACCUUUCCUCUUGUCUUUGAAGAGGUCUACGAUAUGGAUGUUGGCCCGGCGUCACUAAAUUACCUAUCCUUGUGUCUCGGAUUCAUGAUCGGUCUGCAGAUCUCGCAUCCACUCAUGGAUGGUCUGUACGCCCGCCUGAAGACAUACUACGGUCUCGAAGAGGGCCUUCCCGAGUUCCGCGUCCCGCCCAUGCUCAUCGCUAGCAUUCUUUGCCCCAUCGGGCUAUUCAUCUACGGAUGGACAGCGCAUUACGGCGUACAUUGGAUCGCACCAAACAUUGGUUGCGUCAUUGUGGCUAUCGGCAUGAUCAUUGGAUUUCAAUGUAGCCAGGCGUACACUACGGAUGCGUACGAGGCGAAUUACGCUGCCUCUGCUGCGGCGGUAGGCGCGUUCAUGCGCACGAUAUGUGGAUUCAGCUUUCCGCUGUUUGCGGUGCAGAUGUAUGAGACUCUGGGCUUGGGCUGGGGAAACAGCCUGUUGGCGUUCAUGACCCUGGGGUUGGCAUUGGUGGGCCCGGUGCUGCUCUGGUUCUACGGCCCAAAGCUGAGGGCUAUGAGUACAAGGGGACUGUUGUAG